AUGGAGCAGGGAGGUGGCGUGGAUGGUGCUGACACCGGCGGGGCUGGUGGCACCGCCCCCGCUGAAGCAGAGGCCAGCACAGCACCUGCAGCCCCCCAGCCCCAAGGGGGGACGGUGCCGGCUGAUGCCGUGACACAGGAUGAGCCUGGGCAGGAGAAGGCUGCAGGAGUGGCUGGAGGAGGGAAGACAGAGCUGGAGACAGCUCUGACUGCUCCAGAGCUCCAGGAUGGAUGGGAAAUUGUUCCAGGAGAGGAGGCUUUGGCUGUGCAGCAUGAUGGAGGACAGGCAGCAUCCAUCGGGGAGAAGGUGCCAGCUGCCAGCAAGGCCCAGGGUGUAGGGAAGGAUGGGAAAGAUAAACCUGAGAAGAAGAAAGCUCCGGCUGCAGGAGAGCUCAAAGGAGGAAAGGCUUCAGCUGCUGUAAAAGCUGAGGAUGGAGGGAAGGAUGAGCCCAGGGAGGAGAAGCCUCCAGGCCUGGCUGUAAUUGAGGCUCAGGAUGGAGGAAAGGAUGAACCCAAGAAGGAGCAAGCCCCUGGUGAGUCGGGGGCUGAGAGUGGUGGGAAAGCAGAGCUCAUGGAGGAGAAGACUCCAGCCACAGCAAACUCUGAAGGAGGGAAGGCAAAACCUAUGGAGGAAACAGCCUUGGCUGCAGCUCAGACUCAGGAUGGAGGCAACGGAGAGCCUGCAAAGGAGGAAACCACAAUGGUUGCAGAAGAGAAAGUCCCAACCACUGCUAAAGCUCUGGAUGAAGGGAAGCAAACUGCAAAGGCAGAGCAAGCCCCAGCUGAUACCAAACCUGCAAAGGAGAAAACCACGGCUGCUGCAAAGGAGAAAACCAYGGCURCUGCAAAGGAGAAAACCACGGCUGCURCAAAGGAGAAAACCACGGCUGCUGCAAAGGAGAAGGCUCCAGCAGUGGCAAAGGAGAAGACUCCGGCUGCUCCAAAGGCUCCAAGUGGGGACAAUAAAGUGGUAAAGGCAGAAAAAGCUCCAGCAGUUAAAAAGGCUACAGAUGGAGGCAAAGAAGAGCCUAUGAAGGAGAAGGCCCCAGCUCCUGUGAAGGAGAAGGCCCCAGCUCCAGUGAAGGAGAAGGCCCCAGCUCCAGUGAAGGAGAAAGCCAUAACUCCUGAGAAGGAAAAAGCCCUAGAUCCUACCAAGGCUCAGGAUGGAGAGAAGGCAGCAGCAAAGGCAGAGAAAACCCCAGCUGCAAAAAUGGCUCCAGGUGGAGGCAAAAAAGAGCCUGCAAAGGAGAAAGCCCCAGCAGCUGCAAAGGUGCAGGAUGGGGAGAAGAAAACUGCAAAGGUGGAAAAAUCCACAGUAGCAUCAAAGGCUGGGGAUGGAGGGAAAGAUCCUGCAAAGGAGAAGAUCCCGGUGGCUGCGAAGGCUCAGGAUGGAGGGAAGAAAGCUGCAGAGGUGGAGCCUCCUACACCUGGAGCAGAGGCUGGGGAUGGGGCUGCAGAGCCCACGGAGGCAGCGGCCAUGGCUGCUGUGAAGGCUCAGGGUGAAGGGGAGGACAUGUCCAAGGASACAGAGGGACAGCCACCAUCGGUGCCCGAGGCCCCGCGCCCGGUGCUGCUGCAGAGCCUGAGCUGCCCGGCUGCCUGCCACAGGGGGGAGCAGCCCUGGGCAGAGGUGCCAGAGAUGGAGACAAUAGAAGAGGAGACCACGAUGGUGGAGCCAAAAGAGGGUCCGACAGAGCCUGGCCCUGGCCCACCAGCCCUGGAGGACCUGCAGCCCUCGGAGCCCCCCRGCACCCCACAGGAGAGGACAUUGCCGAGUGCCACAGGGCAGCYCCCAGAUCCUGCUGGGGUUGCAGAACAGCCUGGACCUGGGGAGCAACCAWCCUUGACGGAGGCAAAGCCACCUCCCAGCCCCUACCUCACCUCUGAUUUUGGGAAGGAAGAUCCUUUUGAGAUAUUGGAUGAUGUCCCUCCGCCRCCAGCGCCCUUCGCACACCGCACUGUCACCCUGCGCUCCGCCAGUGUCAGCUCCCAGUUCAGCCUCAACUCCAAGGAUAUCCUGGGGGGGGGCAAGUUUGGUGAAGUUCACACRUGCACAGAGAAGGAGACAGGGCUCAAGCUGGCAGCCAAAGUGAUCCGGAAGCAGGGAGCCAAGGACAAGGAGAUGGUGCUGCUGGAGAUCGAUGUGAUGAACCAGCUGAACCACCACAACCUCAUCCAGCUCUAUGAUGCCAUCGAAACGCCCCGGGAGAUCAUCCUCUUCAUGGAAUUUGUGGAGGGUGGUGAGCUCUUCGAGCGGAUCAUYGACGAUGACUACCACCUGACGGAGGUGGACUGCAUGGUGUUUGUCCGGCAGAUCUGCGAGGGCAUCCGCUUCAUGCACCACAUGUGCGUCCUCCACCUCGACCUCAAGCCUGAGAAUAUCCUCUGUGUUUCUGCCACYGGGCACAUGGUGAAGAUCAUCGACUUUGGGCUGGCUCGAAGGUACAAUCCUGACGAGAAGCUGAAGGUGAAUUUUGGCACUCCUGAAUUCCUCUCCCCUGAGGUGGUCAACUAUGAGCAGGUCUCCUACUCCACGGACAUGUGGAGCAUGGGCGUCAUCACCUACAUGCUGCUCAGCGGUCUCUCCCCCUUUUUGGGUGAUGAUGACACCGAGACACUCAACAAUGUCCUGGCUGCCAACUGGUACUUCGAUGAGGAGACCUUUGAGAGUGUCUCUGAYGAGGCCAAGGACUUCGUGUCAAACCUCAUCAUCAAGGAUAAGAGUGCCCGGAUGAGUGCUGACCAGUGCCUGCAGCAUCCCUGGCUCAAUAAUCUGGCAGAAAAGGCCAAACGCUCCAACCGGCGGCUCAAGUCCCAAGUGCUGCUCAAGAAAUACGUCAUGCGGCGGCGCUGGAAGAAAAACUUCAUUGGGGUGUGCGCUGCCAACCGCUUCAGRAAGAUCACCAGCUCGGGGUCCCUGACAGCGCUGGGCAUCUGAGCUGGGCUCCCAGGGGAGCCGAGGCCAGAAAGGAACCACUUGAGAGGGACCCCCACCAGUCUGGAGCAGCUCUGCUGAGCUCGUCCCACCCCGGGCGGCAUCACUGCGCUCAGGACCGCAUCACUGCUGGGGCUGCUCUGAGCUCCAGCCCUCCUCACUCCCACCGAGCCCCGCAGACUGUGAGGCUGCUCCGCUCUGGAGGUUUCUGAUCUCACCUCUGGUCCUGGCCUGGCUGCGUGAUGCCCGACCUGCAGCGUCUCUGCUCUGCUCACGCUUCCUUCCCGCACCCUCGGAGGAGGAAGGCCAUUCCGGUGUGAUCCCGCUGCCUCGGCCACCCGGUGCUUGCUGCUUUUGGACUCAAAAUGUGCCCUCUMUGCCUGUAAAUGCCGCAGCCCUGCCCUGCCUUCACUGCCGCUGCUCCCUGCACUGCCUGACCUCCCUUCCCAGCUCUGUGUCUCGGCGAUGAUGCUGGAGGGCACCGUGGACCCUCAGACCCUCACSCUGGUGCCUUGGCACCGGAGCCGGGGCUGAAGCACCUCCUCCUGGCCAGCUGGGCAUGUGGGAGCGGAGCUGGCCCCGAGCUGCUGCUCGCACAGGAAGGGAGGAAGCAGCAAGCACGCUUCCAGCGGCGUCCCCAGCUGGGAGCCAACGARGAAAGAAGGAGGCUUUGUGUUCCUCCUGCCCUCCCUGCCCUUGGGUUCUGCCAGCGGGGGAAAAACACAACCUCUGCCUCACCCGUCCCCGGCAGAUCGCGAUGAGCGAGGCGGGCUAAUGCAGAGCAGCUGGCCCGCGCUCCCCGCUCCGGCCGGCACGGCUCACCCGACCACCAACACACCGGAUCCGCUCCGCCGCUGCGGCCGCCAGCUCCCCCGCCCCCGGGGCUCCGCGGGACCUGCUGGGAUGAGGAGAGGGGUGCUGCUCCAGCUCCCGCGCCUUGUCCUGAUCCCCGGCCCCUCUGCCUGCUCCCCUCGGGCCUCCCCGGCACUGCCGGAGGAUGGGCAUCCCCUGGGAUUUGCACCAUCCAGCCUUGCCCCCUGCAGGAGAGGAUGGGCGCUGGCAAGAGUCCCCCAGCUUUGGUUUUUGCCAYGGCUGAGCCCCCCAAGCUAGGGCUGUGUAUUUGCUCGGGGGCUGCCUGUGCCCUCUGUGCCUGCUGGAAAAACAGUGGAGAGAGACACAGAGAGACCCUGCCCCUCACCCUCACUGGCUGCAGCAGGGGAAAGGGCUUCAGGCUUGU